AUGUUUCUCCCACGUGGCUGCCGAGGCGCCCUGCGCCCUGCAUCGACGCGACUGGUGAUGGUAGAGAGUGGGAGCAGCAGCAGACACUUGUCGACAACACCGGCAGCGGCAGCCACGCAGCUGCGGAGACCAACUGCGGCACCGUCAACCGCGUCUCGGCCGCUGAUCUCGUCCCGGCAUUUCCACGCGUCAACUCGCAUGCAGGUUGUGAAGCCGGUUGUCCUUGCCGACAUUGGUGAAGGCAUUGUCGAAUGCGAGAUUAUCCAGUGGUUUGUUCAGCCCGGCGCGCGUGUCGAGGAGUUUUCGCCACUAUGCGAGGUGCAGAGCGACAAGGCGUCCGUCGAGAUCACCAGCCGCUUUGCCGGUGUGGUUAAGAAGCUGCACUACGAGGCGGGCGAGAUGGCCAAGGUGGGCAAGGCAUUUGUGGACAUUGAUAUCCCCGACGAGGUGGGGACCAGUGCCGCUGAAGAGACACCUGCCCCAGCUGCAGCUGCACCUGAUGCAGCCGCAGAGGCGGCCGAGACGCCAGUAGCAGAGACGUCGCAGGAGACCCAAAAGGCCCCUGCCCCGGUGAAGCAAAAGUUCUCGGGCACUUCGCUAGCUACGCCGGCGGUCCGCCACCUCUCGAAGGAGCUGAACGUCGACAUUUCGCAGGUGGCCGGAACGGGAAAGGACGGCCGGGUGACGAAGGAGGACUUGCACCGGUACGUGGCUGAGCAGAAGAGCGGCGGCGCUGCUCAGGGUGACGCGCCACCCCCGGCUGCGAUACAGCCGUCUGGCCCGUCGUAUGGCGCGGCGACAAUCAAUGCCGAGGACGCCCCUCAGCAGGAGUCCACAGUGCCCAUUGGCGGCACGCAGCUGCAAAUGUUCAAGGCCAUGACCCAGUCGCUGACUAUCCCUCACUUUUUGUACGCCGACGAAAUCGACUUUACGCAGCUCUACAGUCUCCGCCAGCGCGUCAAUGCGUCCCUCGCCCGCGCCGCCAAGGUGGCUGCGUCAACGGGCGCCGAGGCGCCCGCCGUGACCAAGCUGUCAUACAUGCCCUUCAUUAUCAAGGCCAUGUCCAUGGCCCUGCACCAGUUCCCCGUCUUGAAUGCCCGCGUCGAGGUCCCCGCCGACAAUACCAGCAAGCCCAAUCUGGUCUACCGCAGCCAGCACAACAUUGGCGUGGCCAUGGACACGCCCAACGGCCUCAUUGUGCCCGUCAUCCGCAACGUCAACGCUCGCAGCGUACUGUCCAUUGCGAGUGAGCUGUCACGGCUUCAGGGUCUGGCCAAGAUCGGCAAGCUGGCGCCCGCAGACCUGAAAGGUGGCACCAUCACUGUGUCCAACAUUGGCAACGUGGGCGGCACGUACCUGAGCCCUGUGAUUGUGGAGCGUGAGGUGGCCAUUAUGGGCAUUGGCCGGGUCCGGACGGUGCCGGCCUUUGCGGAUGAUGCGGACGACAGCUCGAGCCAGCGGGUCAUCAAGCGGCACGUGUGCCACUUUAGCUUCUCAGCAGACCACCGGGUAGUGGACGGCGCGACGAUGGCAAGAGCGGCCGAGGUGGUUCGGGAGAUGGUGGAACGGCCAGAUUCGAUGAUUGUGCAGCUCAGAUAG